CCAGGCCACAUGUCCUUGUGUUGCAGGGGCAGUGACCGCUGUCGGCACUUUGUCAUCAACCAGCUCCAAGACCGGCGCUACCUCGUCUCAGGGGACACGCACAGCCACGGCACGCUGGCCGAGCUUGUGCGCCAUUACCAGAAGGUGCAGUUUGAGCCUUUUGGGGAGACCCUGUCUGCCGUCUGCCCCCGGCCAGAGGACAGCAACGUGUAUGACGCCAUCACCCCGGGCCUCCACGGCAGCACCCCAGGCCUGGAAGCCGCCCCCGCCCUGGGGGGCCCAGACGAGGCCGCCGGCCCCCGCCCCGGCCCGAAGCCACAGGUGUCCUUCCUCCACACAAAGAGCCUGGAUGCCAGUUCUGGCAGCUUCUCUGAGGACCAGUGCUUGGCGGCCCCUGUCGAGGCGCCUCUCCUCCCGGAGAGGAGUGCCUUCCUUCUGGACGAGUCUUUUGGAAGCCCCAACGACAUCAUCUACUCGGAACUGAAGAAGGUGAACCAGGCGCGGGCAGGCCUGGGCGCAGAGGUGUCCGGCAGGCACGGCCCGGGGCCACUGGGCAGCCGGGCUUGCUCCCCGGGCCAGGAGCCGCUCCUGAGGGGACUCUCGGACGGAGGCCAGAACAGGCCUGACGGUCCAGCGCCAGCCCUCUCUGGGGUGAGCCCAGACCAGGGCCCUGUGGUGCCUCCCGCUUCCCGGGGCUACCUCCUGGCCCCCGCUUCUGAGGCCCUCGGAUCCUCCGCCGCCUCCUGGAGCCAGGGGGCUCUGAAGCUGAGCCACAGGGCCCAGCGCUGCUCCCAGGACGGCUCUGCAGACCCGCAUGAGCGCCCGCAGACGGCAGGCGCCCCACCAGGGCCCGGGGACGUGCCAGAGCAGGACGGCAGUAGCCAUGCGCAGGCUGCAGUUUGCCGGGGCGGCUCAGCCGGGCCCCUGGGCCCUGGAGCCGGUGCCCCGCCCAGCAGGCCUCCAGGACCCACAGACCAUAGCUUCGAGGGCGUCUCGCAGCCCCCGGCGCUCCCCGAGUCCAGGAACACCUAUGAACAAAUCCCAGGAGCCAGGAGCAAGGAGGCUGGACGGACACACAAGGUGGGCUCCGUGGUGGGAGGGGGUGGCCGCCAGCUGGUGAGAGGGACCCUCACGCAUGAGCAGCUCAGGUCACUGCUACUGCCCCGAGGGACCCAGAAUUUUCCAGCUCCAUCCUAUGCUUGUGGGUGCUCGGUUUGA